AUGAUGGACAAUAGAAUAAGCGGAAAGGACAUUUUGGAGGAUGAUAUUAUCCAAUUGCGUCGAAUAUGCAGGAUAUCUGGAGUGCGGGUGCUCAUUGACACGGCCAAUGUACGAGAUUCAUUUUAUCGUGCAUCAGUUGACUUUGUCCUUAAAAUUUGUGAAAGGGUAACCCAUCAAUCUCCAUUUGUUGAGAUUGAUGGUGAGGAUGCCCGGCAAUUCAUUGCUGGGCUUGCUGAUAACAUUGGGCUUGAGAAUACUCGUGCUGCAAGAAUGGUGUCUGCAGCUGUUGCUGCACGCACACGGUCAUGUUUUUUACAGGCAUGGGCAUUGGAAAUGCAAGGCAAACAUGCUGAAGCAGUGGUGGAACUGUCAAGAAUAUGUCUCAUUCACCAGAUAUUUCCUCCCGAAGAGUGUUCGGUAGUUGCCGGAGUGGCGUGUGACUGGGCCCAUUUAGUUGCCUGUCUUAUCCUGGAGCUUUUACUUAUCCUCCAUUGCAAGCUGUGUACCUUCUGCAUUAUGAAGCUUGUUUCAGGGCCUGAGAUGGAGAUGGUGGCUCGGGGACUUGAAAAGCGUUUGAAAGUAGAACAAAGGGAAUCCCUGAUGAGCAUGCUAGUUGGGGUUUGUGGAGAAGAGAGUCGUAGAAGUGUAGCUGAAGCUCUGGGCUUGCAGAACUCUCUGCAGGUUUUUUUUUGCCAAAAUGUGCAUGGGGAUGGAUAAAUACACAAUUUGGUCCAAAGAAGAAAAGAAAAGCACCCCUCUCCUUUAUAUUUCUAGAUUUUUGUAGCUUCUGCCAUCCCCUAUGUUUCUAGGUCCCCGUUUCCAGAGUCUUACCAGAAAAGUGACUUCGGAGCAGACAUGGAUCACUAGUGGCCUGAUAUUACUGGUUCUGAGGUUUCAGAAUCGUUCAAACAACUUCACAAACCAUAUUAAGUCAUAGUAUCUGGCAUUUCCUGUUGGAUGAUCAAUCACCGAAAAGAGGUCUAAAUAGGCUAAAUUCCUGCUUUUGUUUGAAUUUUAUUUGAAUAUUGUGAAAUGGACUUGGUAUGCUCCUGUUCUAUGCAUAUAUUGUAGGUGCUAAAUACUUCCCCCUAACUACCUGUAGCAUAUGCACAUAAGAAUUUAGAAUAACUUGAUCAUUCUGCAAUACGUUUUGGGUGUAGAACGGAUGCUAUAAUAAACAUGUUCCAGUCACAGAUUUUAUCCGAACUUUAUCCAUUCUCAACUUGGUUUUCUUUUGUAGAUACUCACCUGAAGGUGCUGCCAAUCCGCUGCGAUACAAAUGUACACUAGUGUGACAAUGCAACAAAAUGUUGUUUUAUUUUAUCAAAUUAUAAUACGAAAUAUUAGAUUUGAUAUACUGGUUUACUCGUUGUGAUCCGUCUAAAAUAAAAGAUCGUAUAUACUUACUGGUUAUUCAUUGACAUUGCUGAAUUGUUGCUACCAAUAUUCCUUUGUAAGGGGGGAAAAAGAC